GCGUCAUGUGAUUAUAUUUAUAUUUAUAAGACAAACAGUCGCCAUUGGACAGUUACUGAGCAACGUCACCGUGUCAUUUUGAAUAUUCACAAUCGAUAAGCUUCGACAUACUAGAAUAGAGUCUACUCUCUACCGUGCAGCGGGAGGGUUGUCUUUCGUUUUGAGUAGUUAGUUGUGUUGGUUAGUUAGUUAGGUUUUAAUCAGUCACUCGGUGAUUACUAUGUCUCGUGACUUUAUUGUUUAGCGUUUCCGUGUUUUAGUAAACGGAAGUUUUUCGAGAUGAACGUGAGGGAAGUUUCUCUCAUCAUCAUAAUCUUUAUUAUCGCUCAUGUUAAUGGCAAACAGCCGAAUAUCGUCUUUAUUUUGGCCGAUGAUUUCGGCUGGAAUGAUGUUGGAUAUCACGGAUCUGAGAUCAGAACUCCUCAUCUGGACCGUUUAUCAGAUCAGGGGGUUCGGUUGGAGCGCUACUAUGUUCAGCCGCUGUGUACCCCGUCCAGAAAUCAGCUGAUGACCGGCAGGUAUCAGAUUCAUACUGGUCUCCAGCAUCAGAUCAUCUGGCCAUGUCAGCCGUACUGUGUUCCUCUGGAUGAGAGAUUUCUGCCACAGAUCCUGCGGGACAGCGGUUAUAACACACACAUGGUGGGAAAAUGGCACCUGGGCAUGUUCAUGAGAGACUGUCUGCCAACACACAGAGGAUUUCAGUCAUUUUUUGGUUACCUGACGGGUUCAGAAGAUUAUAACACCCAUCACAGAUGUAGUUUUAUCUCACCUCUGAACAUCACUCGCUGCGCUCUGGACCUGCGGGACGGUGAAGAUGUGGCCACACGUUACACGGGACUCUAUUCAACUGAACUCUUUACACAAAGAGCCACGGACAUCAUUAAACAACACAAACCUGAGAAUCCUCUCUUUCUGUACCUGGCGCUGCAGGCGGUUCAUGCUCCCUUGCAGGUUCCCGAGCGCUACGUCACCCCAUACAGUUUCAUCAAGAACGAUAAUCGCCGUAAAUAUGCAGGAAUGGUGUCAGCGAUGGAUGAAGCUGUGGGGAAUGUGAGCAAAGCUCUUCAGGAUACAGGACUGUGGAACAACACUGUGUUCAUAUUCUCAACAGAUAAUGGUGGUCAGACCCUCUCAGGAGGAAAUAACUGGCCGCUGCGUGGAAGGAAGUGGUCACUCUGGGAGGGCGGAGUCAGAGGCGUGGCUUUCGUGACCGGACCACUGGUAGAGAGGCCAGGAAGCGUCAAUCGAGAGCUCGUUCACAUCUCUGAUUGGCUGCCUACUCUCGCAGGUCUGGCGGGGGCGUCGACUAACGGCACCAAACCUCUGGAUGGGUUUGAUGUGUGGGACACGAUCAGUCGUGGUGAAGCGUCUCCUCGAGUAGAACUGUUACACAACAUUGACCCGCUGUAUGAAGACAUCGCUGCCUGUCCAGGUCGUGAGGAGUCGGAGGAUUUUCUGAUGGAGUCUCUGCGAUCGUCAGCGGUUCGACCGAUGGCUCACAGGGAGCGCUCGGGAUUUAACGUGUCUGUUCAUGCUGCCAUUCGAUACAAGAACUGGAAACUUCUAACGGGUUAUCCCGGAUGUCCGUUGUGGUUUGCGCCCCCUGGUGGCCGUCAGAUCUCUGAGGUCUCGGAGCCGCUGAAGGACGUCAUGCUGUUUGAUGUUGAGAAGGAUCCAGAGGAACGCGUGGAGAUUUCUCAUCAGCACCCAGAGAUUGUCAACUUCCUGCUCAGACGUCUGCAGCAUUAUCAGAAAGAGGCGGAGCCAAUCACGUUUCCCCCUGAUGACCCUCGCUGUGACCCCGGACCCUCAGGAGCCUGGGGACCCUGGCAGUGAUGAUGAUGAUGGCUCCAGUGUCUGUGUGUUGUGUUUUUAGUAUAUAAACGCUGUGUGUAAGAGCAGCUUGUGUCAGUUGUGAGUCGUCUGCAGUAGCAGCAG